UUUGAUAAACAAUUGUAUAUAAAAAUGGAAAAUUGUUCCCAAAUCAGUAAACUGCGAAAAUGAGGAAAAUACUUUCAAACGUGUUUUUUGGUUUGAUUUUCUUUUCUGAAUGCUUUCUACCUUCUUCAACUUUUAUAUCCCCAAGAAUAUUUGACGGCCGUUCUGCUCUCAGAGAAGAAGUACCUUACAUAGUUUCGAUUGAAAGUGGCGACCAACAAGUAUGCAGUGGCUCCAUUCUAGAUAGUCAGUGGAUUGUCACCGCUGCACAUUGUGUUGCCAACAAAACAGAUUUGAAAGUCUAUGCAGGCCUAAUUCAUUUGAAUAGAAAAAAUGAUGGUGAUGUUCAAGUUGCAGAUGUGGAGGAAGUCAUCAUCCAUCCUAAUUAUGAUUACAGCUUGGAUACAAUAGAAAACGAUGUUGCCCUUUUAUUCCUCGCAACACAUUUGACCUUCAACGAUGUCGUACAGCCCAUUGAAAUCAUCAGUGAAACUGAAAUUUCGGAUGCCAUAAAUCAUAGGAGAGUAGGAAUUAUAUCUGGAUGGGGACAUAGUGAGAAUUAUUAUCGUUCCAAAAUACUGAGGACAGCGGAAGUUAUAUUAUUGAGUGAUGAAGAAUGUCUCGACGACAUCAAACCAGACUGUCACGAAUUCAAACCAGAAGCUCAACUUUGCAGUGGCCCUCUAACCAAACAAGAAAAGGGAGUUGGUCUCUAUGAUGAUGGAGGUCCUUUAGUUGUGAACCACAAACUGGCUGGAAUAAUUCUUCACGGGGAGCAUGAACACUCCCAAGAAAGAUGCCACCUUUCUUCUAUUUAUGCUAGAAUUUCCAACUACACUGAUUUCCUCAGAGCUUACUUGACUUUUCCUGAACCUACAGUGGAGCCAGUACAGCCAACUGCCUUAGAACCCUGUUUACUAGAGGUAGAGGUGACAUUCCAGCUUCUCAAUAAAUUCCAAUACCCAGUAUGUUCAUCGGCAAUGGGCCACUCUUACGUAUUUUAUUACAAUAUGUGGUUUUUUGGGAGUAGAGGAGAAGAAAUAACAAACGAUUGCAACUUGUCAGCAGGUGGUUUUCCAGAACGUUCAACAGAAGAGGUUCCAGAAACCACAUCGGAGAUCUACGCAAACGACACAAACGGAGAUGAAUAUGACAGCAUAUAUUCCAGAAAUUUGAAACAUGAGAAUGAAACGUCUGUGAACUUCGAGAAACUGAUAUUCAAUAUACAAUUUUUCACAACUCAUGAGGACUCUCCGGAUGGCAUUGGUUUCAGGUUAUUACCUAAUUCGCCGUUUGACUAUUAUAUUUCAUUUUCCUCUAAAAUUGAAUGAGAUCUGAAAUUCGUUCGUAUUAUAAAUACAUUGGGAAACAUUAAACGGGAUUGAUUAUUUA